AUGGGCUUCACAAAACCGCCCGUCCAGGCGCUCAAAGUCGCCAACAAGCAAAAGCGCAAGCAAUUGUUCGUCGCCCACAAGAAAGCGAGCAACAAAGAGCGACACGAGGAGCGACACCGCCGCCGAAGAGAAGAGAACAAGAACCCCGAGCUCAAGGCGGCCCGUCUGGCGAAGAAUGUGCCCCGUACACUGGAGCACAAGCGAGUCUGGGACGAUGUCGACGACGAUAGCCUCGGAGCGGUGGUGGACCUGGAGCAGUUGAAGAGGAGGCGCAUCGAGCAGGCCGAGGCGGAGGAGCGGGCGGCAGUAGAGGCGGCAGAGAAGAUGGAUCAGGACGAUGAUGACGACGACGACGACAACGACAGCAUGCUGGACUCUGACGAGGAAGACGAAGAGGCCAAGGAAGCAAGGCUAGAGCGACAGCGCGAGAAGCGAGCCCAGAGAGUGCCCAGCAUCGCGCCCUCGACGACGAGCACCAACCUCGACCUCACGCCCACCUCGCUCGCCCUCAAGUUCCCCUCGCUCUUCACCGACGAGCCUCCGCCCGAACCAAAGAUCCUCGUCACCACAUCCCUCAACUCGACCAUCCACGACGAGGCCCAGCUCAUCUGCACGCUCUUCCCCAACGCAAACUACAUCCCCCGCUCCUCCCACCGCUACGGCUACAAGUACUCCCUCCGCGACAUCUGCAAGUUCUCCGCAAGCAGGGACUACACCGCCGUCGUCCUCGUCAAGGAGGACCAGAAGAAGCCCACGGGGCUCUCCAUCGUGCACCUCCCCAAGGGCCCGACCUUUCACUUCUCAAUAUCCAACUGGAUCGAGGGCAAGAAGCUCCCCGGCCACGGCAACCCGACAAACCACUAUCCGGAGCUGCUGCUCAACAACUUCAAGACGCCGCUGGGUCUCUUGACGGCGAAGCUCUUCCAGACAAUGUUCCCUCCGCGACCCGAGUUUGAGGGACGGCAGGUCGUUGCCCUGCAUAACCAGCGAGAUUACAUCUUCGUAAGACGCUUCCGAUACGCCUUCCGCGAUAAGCGCCCGACAGAGAAGAGCGUCGUCGAUGCCGAGGGCAAAGCGCUCCAGGGCGUCGAGAAUAUCCGAGCAGGUUUGCAAGAGUUGGGUCCGCGGUUUACGCUCAAGCUGAGGCGGGUUGAUAAGGGCGUUGGACGGGCCGGGAGCGAGGGCGAGGAUGCUAUUCAGUGGGAGUGGAAGUCCAAGAUGGAGAAGGAUAGAAAGCGUUUCAAUUUGUAA